AUGUCGACGAAAACAGCGCUCAAGGCCGCCAAGGCCGCGAUUGGCGCAAAAGAUUGGGACGAGGCGAAGCAGCAGGCAACGGCGGUCGUCGAGAAGGACCCAAACAGCUACUUUGGCCAUCUUUUUCUGGGGCGGGCAAACGACGGACUGGGUCUAUUCGACGAGGCGGCAAAGGCCUACUACCAGGCGACCAAGAUCAAGCCCGACGAUGCCCAGGCCUGGCUGGGUCUGAGGGCCAUGUACGAGGGGCUCAAGGGCACCAAGGUCGACGAGAACAUUGACGUCGGCCUGUCGCUCGCCCAAAUAUACAUGGACCUUGACGAUGCGUACAAGGCGCAGUCGGCCAUCGACAAGCUUGUGGACCACGCCCGCGCCCACGGCACAAAGACUCAAUACGCCCGCGCCCUCGGCACACAGCUGCCCUCGUCGCCCGUAUACUCGUACCUGGAAGGCCGGCUACCCGACCCCUCAGCAACACUGACGCGCAUCGCCGAGAUGCACGAGGCCCAGGAAGCAUCGACUAUAAAGCGACUCAUAGAAGAGCGGCGGUUACGCGUGGGCGCGACACUAGAGGGGACCACCGCCUCGGUCAAGAACGAGGUCUAUGCCGCUAGCCCGCUUGAGGAUAUAUACGAGCAAAUUGUCAACUGGACGCGCGACGACGAGCUGCGCAGGGAGUAUGAAGAGAAACUAUUGGCGAGGGCAUAUGACGCGUUGAUGGUGCUGCCUACAGGGCAGAAGGCAGACAAGAGGGCCAAGGUCAUGAAGCUAGCGCACGACAUGGUCCUGAUCAAGCACCCGAAUUUACUGGCUUGGACCAUCGAGCUGGAGUGGCGGUCGAGCAUGGAAGUUGAGGCGCAUUGA